AUGGAACUGGAAAAAGUGAAGAAAUACACAGAUCUCAUCAACGACUUUUCGAAACAUUGUGAUGAAUUUUUGAACGUAGAAAAUAAAGUGAGAAAAGAAGAAGAAAAAGAAAAAAUUAGUGCAAAGGAAAAAAAGGAAAUAAUAGAAAUUAUCGAAUAUUUUGCAAACAUUUUGACAAAAUAUUUUUAUAAUGAAUAUGAAAUAGAAGAAGACAUUUCUAUUGUAAACUCUGGAUUCGAUUCUGAACAAUUAUGGUAUUUUAUUGAAUGCUUAAUAAAAGAAAAUAAAUUACAAAAUUUAAACCUCUUUUUUAAUAAUUAUGAAAAUCGUUUAGAAAUUGAGAAGAAAACACACUUAAUGGAUACAUCAUUCCAUCAGGAUGUAGGUUCUUGUAUAGAAAAAAAAUCUUGUAAACGAUCCUUGACCGAUCGAGUUAAGGAAAAAAAUAUGAAAAACGCCAUUUCGAAAAAAAGAAGAAAAAUAAACAUAACGAAAAGUAAUGGCACUUAUAGAUCCAAGAGUGAUGUAGACAGAAUCCAAAAUAAAGAUCUGGACCAAACGAAUGAAGAGGACAGAUUUUUCAAUUACGAUGAAAUGCACCAAUUUUUGGAUCAAGAAGAUAACAAAAUUUUACAUGAACAGUCAGGCGAAAAUGUAGAAAAAAACGCACAGGACGAGGGCAGCUCAGGUACCGAUGACGAAGUGGACCUUAACCAGUUCGAGGGCGACUAUGAGGAGGCGGGGGCGUGGAAGUAUGGGGAUUUCUAUGGCGAAGACAAACUAGAAGAGGACGAACUAGAAGAGGACGAACUAGAAGAGGACGAACUAGAAGAAGACGAACUAGAAGAAGACAAACUAGAAGAAGACAAACUAGAAGAAGACGAACUAGAAGAAGAAGAACUAGAAGAAGACGAACUAGGAGAAGACGAACUAGAAGAAGAAGAACUAGAAGAAGACGAACUAGGAGAAGACGAACUAGAAGAAGACGAACUAGGAGAAGACGAACUAGGAGAAGACGAACUAGGAGAAGACGAACUAGGAGAAGACGAACUAGGAGAAGACGAACUAGGAGAAGACGAACUAGGAGAAGACGAACUAGGAGAAGACGAAUUGGGGGAGCGAGCUGGGACCAUGCACAAACGCAAAGAAUACGAAAUAGAGCGAGAGCUGAGCGAAAUAAACCAGUUUGACAGCAUGGACAACAUAGGGGUCGAGAGUUCUGAGGAGAGUAGCGAUGCGAAGGAAUUGCAAAUAGAAGUGGGAAAGGACAAGAGACAAAUAGAAAAGGAAUUGAUUGCGAAGAAACAUUGGUCUCUAACAGGUGAAGUGUUCGGGUACAAUCGUCCAAAGAAUAGUUUACUUAAAUUGAAUGUGGAUAUUCCUAAAGUGAACUUGGGACACAACGACACGUAUAUUAGUAAAACGGUUGGAGAAUUUUCAGAAAAAAACAGUGAUGAGUUGUUAGGCGGUGGAGAAGUAGAGGAUGGAGCGGACGGAGCGGAUGAAGUGAACAAGAGCAAGGACACGAUGUCAAAGAGGAGAAAGAAAGGAGAAAAUAAUUUGCUGAAUGAAGAAAUCGAACUAGUUGUGAAACAAAGAAUACAGAAUAUGCUUUUUGAUGAUGUAGAAAAGAAAGGAAUAGAAGAUUUAGAGGGUUUUGUAAAUUCAAACAAAGAUCAAGAUGGGAAUAUGAAUGAAGUAAACUUUGAUCAUUUAAAUUUUACAAAAAGUAAAUUGAGUUUAACUGAUGAGUAUACAAAAAAAUAUGAAGAAGAAAUAAAAAAUAGUCAAUCAAAAAACAAGGAAUUAAAUUUACAAAAAUUGGAAUUAAUGAAUUUAUUUAAAAAAAUUAUGCACUCUUGUGACUCAUUAUGUAAUGAUUUUUUCACACCAAAACCUGUUUUACUUAACGUUCAUAACAAAAAUGAUCAAAUUGCAAAUUUACAUAUUGAAGAAACAGUGCCAAUUAUUUUAUCUGACAAAAACAAAAAGGCACCCGAAGAAUUAUAUAGACCGGGACACAUCAAACAGAUGGAUGAAAUGCAUGAGAAGGAAAAAAAAUCCUUGAGAAAGUCCAAAAAAAUAAAAAGAAAAAAAAAAUUGCUUAAUCAGUUCAGGAAAAGUGGAAAAGGAAUUAUUGAAUUACAAAACCGAAAUCAGUACCUCCUCAGCAAAAAUCAAAAAAUUAAGGGAGAAAAAACGAACCUCUCCAAAUAUGGAGUAUCCUCAAAGAAUAAGCUUCUCUCCAAGCCGGGCAGUAAGUAUAACUUCGCUCACCACAUAUCCAAGGCCCAGGUUUUGGACAUGCGCGACUAA